AUGGCGUUCUCUUUCGGCACCCCAGCCUCUACUGGCACCUCUAGCGGAAGUCUUUUUGGCACCGCAGGCAAUGCUUUCGGCGCCAAGAAGGAUAACAAUGCGUCUAGUGGUAGCCUCUUCGGUAAUGUUGGAGCUUCGGCCACCGGCAACAGCGCAGCGCCAUCGCUUUUCGGAGGAAAUACGGCAAGUGGCCAAAGCACACCAACCUUCGGCAAUGCAGGCGCUUCCAAUGCGACCAACGGCGGUACCUCGGCUUUCAGCUUCGGCGGCCAGGCUCCAUCUGGAACUGGCACGCAGCCCAACUCACUCUUCGGUGCCGCUGCCGGCAGCCAGACUCCCGACAAGUCUACAGAAUCGACUACACCUGCUAGCAACUCGUUGUUCGGUGGCGCGGGCGGAAAGAGUAUGUUUGGCAACGCGGCCCCAACAGCUACCCCUGCUCCCGCGGGAAGCAAUUUGUUCGGCAACAACUCCACCACCCCUGCUGGUCCCCCACCUGCAUCCAACCCACCCAGCAGCUUAUUCGGGGCUGCGAAACCCGAAGCCUCGACUACCCCGACCGCAGCCCCAUCAUCUACCACGCCUGCUACCUCACAGGCGCAGCCAUCUAACAAUAUGUUCGGAGGAGGAGGAACCAAGCCACUGUUCGGAGGAGGCGCAACCGCUGCUGCACCCAGCGGCGGCCUAUUCGGUGCAGGCAAGCCAGCCGAACCAACCGCUCCUACGACUGCUGCAGACACCACUCCCAAGUCACUCUUCGGCACAGCUGCACCCGCGGCUGGUGCGCCAAGCUCGCAGACACCCUCUCUGUUCAACAAUACGGCUGCUCCCGGCGGCGACUCCGCUCCGAAGUCUGCAUUCCCGGCCCUCGGCGCUCCUGCAUCCACCGCAAACACAACUCUCUCACUAGGAGCUCCCGCCACGUCGAGUGCUACCCCUCAAAAGUCUCUUUUCCCCUCCACCGGAAGUGCCACAUCUACAGCUGCUCCCUCCACUACUCCAGCAACGGCUCCUCUUGGAGGAAGCCUGUUUGGGACCUCAGCUCCCUCCACUACUUCAGGUGCUGCGGCCACUGCCGCGCCUGCUACUACUACACCUGCUGCACCUACGGGCGGUCUGUUCGGCCAAGCUGCUACUACUACGCCUUCCACUCAGCCAGCGACUUCUACCAGUUCAGCCCCCCUUGGUGGCCUUGGCGGUCAAACAACCGCUGCUCCUACUACAACCGCCGCCGCCGCCGCUCCAGCUGGACCCACCGCCCUUGGCCAGUCUACCACGGGGCCCGCUCCUCCAGCCCAGUCACGUCUGAAGAACAAAACCAUGGAUGAGAUCAUUACUCGAUGGGCCACGGAUCUCGGCAAAUAUCAAAAGGACUUCCGCGAGCAGGCGGAGAAGGUUUCUGAGUGGGACCGUCUGCUGGUGGACAAUGGUACUAAAGUACAGAAGCUGUACGGCAGCACUGUUGAUGCGGAUCGAGCUACCCAGGAGGUUGAGCGUCAAUUGUCGGCAGUUGAAGGUCAACAGGAUGAGCUCAGCUCAUGGUUGGAUCGAUACGAGCGUGAAGUCGACGAGAUGGUUACCAAGCAGGUGGGCCCUGGAGAGUCCCUUCAAGGACCUGACCAGGAGCGUGAGACAACUUACAAACUGGCUGAGAAGCUCUCGGAACGCUUGGACGAAAUGGGCAAGGAUCUUACCAGCAUGAUCGAAGAGGUCAACGGUGCUUCAUCCACAUUGACCAAGACCAACAAAGCGGAUGAGCCGAUCUCGCAGAUUGUCCGCAUUCUCAACGCGCACCUGUCCCAGCUGCAGGUCAUCGACCAAGGCACUUCGGACCUGCAGUCCAAGGUUGCCGCCGCCCAAAAAGCAGGCCAGUCGAUCUCUGCCCGUCUCGGAUACGGCUAUCCUAACAAUGGUAUGGGCAACAACAACACCGCUGAUGAUUUCUACCGCUCCUUCAUGCAAGGGCGGUAA